GGAAUUACCUAAACCCGUCCCAAACCCGGCCCCUUGUCGUUCCUAGUUAUAAACUAUCUCAAAAAACCAAAUCAUAAAUUAGUAUUCGAUGUGUGAGAAACAACAAUUAGGAGGUUUAUGGAGCACAAAAGAACGAACAUGUUUAUAUCUUCUUCAAUACAAAUCCACAACCAAACACUCUCUUCUGCAAAUUCACGCAUUCAUGCUUCGAAACUCUCUCGACAAGAACAAAAACCUUGCUGCCAAAUUCAUCGCCACAUGUUCCUCCAUUGCUGUUAAACUAUUCACCACCUCAUCAGACAAUGCAAACGAUCUCAUUCGACAUGCCCGCCAAGUGUUCGAUCAUAUGCCAGUGAGAGAUGACACGUUUAUCAGCAACACCAUGAUGAGAGCUCAUCUGGGUAUUCGCCAAUAUGAAGAAUGUGUGGGUUUGUAUACGGAAUUGAGGGGAAAUGUUGGGUUUAAACCCGAUGGUUAUACGUUUAUGACAUUGGGGAAGCUCUGUGCUUUAAGUUUGGAUGUUUGGGGAAGUCAGCAAGUGCAUGAUCUUGUUGUUAAAGAAGGGUUCGAACAUGAUUUGUAUGUAUCGACGUGUUUAGUCGAUAUGUAUGCGAAAUUAGGGAAGAUGGACUGUGCACAGAAACUGUUUGAUGAAAUGCCUGAGAGAAGUCUGGUUUCUUGGACCACGUUAGUUUGCGGUUACGCAAAGCGCGGCGAGAUGGAUAACGCGAGAAUGGUAUUUGACCAGAUGCCUAAGAAGGACACUGCUGCGUUUAACGCAAUGAUCGAUGCGUAUGUCAAGGUAGGCGACGUGAGUCGUGCGAGUAGUUUGUUUAACGAGAUGCCGGAAAAGAACGUUGUGUCAUGGACUAGUAUGGUUGACGGUUAUUGUAGUCACGGUAAUAUAUCUAUGGCUAGGACCCUUUUCGAUUCGAUGCCGCAUAAGAACUUAAUAUCGUGGAAUGCAAUGAUUAAAGGGUAUUACCAGAGUAAACAACCGGACGAGGCCUUAAAGUUGUUUCAAGAAUUACAACUAGAAGCAUCACUCGAACCUGAUAACGUCACCGUUGUUAGUAUUCUACCCGCAAUCGCUGAUUUAGGAGCUUUGGAGUCGGGUAACUGGGUUCACCAAUAUAUCAUAAGAAAGAAGAUGAAUACAGCUACUAACGUAUGCACCGCGUUAGUCGAUAUGUAUGCUAAAUGUGGCGAAUUCACGAAAGCCCGAAGAGUAUUCGAUUCAAUCCCGAGAAAGGAAACCGCCACUUGGAAUGCUUUGAUACAUGGUUUAGCGGUUAAUGGUUACGGAAAUGAAGCGAUAAACGUGUUUCUAGAUAUGACCAGACGCAGCAUCAAGCCGAAUGAGAUAACCAUGACUGCGGUUUUAACGGCUUGUAACCAUAGUGGUCUAGUGGAGGAAGGUAAAAGAUGGUUUAAGUCAAUGCAAGAUUUUGGUAUUGUUCCGAAAAUCGAACAAUACGGUUGCAUGAUUGAUCUUUUGGGCCGAGCGGGGUGUUUGGAUGAAGCGGAAAGGUUUAUGGAUGAUAUGCCGUUUGAAAUGAACGAUAUUAUAUUGAGUUCGUUUUUAUCUGCGUGUGGUUACGCGAAGGAUGUUAAACGGGCCGAGCGGAUUUUGAACAAAACUUGUGAAAAGGGGGUUCAUAAUGAUGGGAAUUAUAUUACAUUGAGGAAUUUGUAUGCACAAGAUAGAAGAUGGGUUGAUGUGGAGGAAGUGGUGGGAGUUAUGAGAAGUAAGAAUUCAAGAAAAGAAGUUGGUUGUAGUGUUAUUGAGGUUGAGGGUCAUGUGUGGGGGUUUGCAUCAGGAGAUAGGUUUCAUCCUCAAUGGUUAGCUAUAAAGUCAAUGUUGGAUGUGUUAUUGAUUGAUAUGAAGAAAGAAAGAAAUGCUUGAUGCUAAGUUUUGUUCAUUUAAAAAAAAUAAUUGUGAAUGAUCAAUGUAUUAGUUAUAGUUAUAAAUACAAACUAGUCAUGUUUUAGA